ACUGCGGACACAGUGCAGGAGAUGACCAGAGACUGCGGACACAGUGUAGGAGAUGACCAGAGACUGCGGACACAGUGCAGGAGACGACCAGAGACUGCGGACACAGUGCAGGAGACGACCAGAGACUGCGGACACAGUGCAGGAGACGACCAGAGACUGCGGACACAGUGCAGGAGACGACCAGAGACUGCGGACACAGUGCAGGAGACGACCAGAGACUGCGGACACAGUGCAGGGGAUGACCAGAGACUGCUGACACAGUGCAGGGAUGACCAGAGACUGCGGACAGUACAGGGAAUGACCAGAGACUGCAGACAACAGUACAGGGGAUGACCAGAGACUGCAGACA